AAAGCUUCCCAUUUCCCACCCACACCUCCUCGUUACCACUUCUAGUCGCUAUAAAUUGGCAUCCUCCCCAUUUGAUCCUUUCGCUCAUGUUCUAAUUUCCAUCAGAAAUUAAACCACCAAACCAUAUCUACAUUUUUUGCAAUGUCUACGGUGGUGUGUCAACAAGGUGUGCAUUCUUGCAUCGAGUCCCCGCUUGUUUUAGAGGCAACAACCAUGAGACUCAAACUAAUGGCACCAAAGUGUUGCAAAGAAGUCAUUAGACAUAACGAUUAUGGUUCUUGGAGUUUCCUUCAGUCUCUUUCCUCCCAAAAACCCAUUGAAAAAGAAAGCUCUUAUGUCCAUCCUUGGGUCAACCAAUCUUCACACUCAAAGCUCAGUCAGAAAAGCCUUGCACUCUGCACAGAAAGCUUAGGAAAUGAGAGCGGGAGUGACACUAGCGAAGGGAGCGUUGCCUUGUUUUCAGAGUCCAACAGAUUGGACACAAGGAGCCAAGAAAAAAUUGCUCCUAAGGAGAAAAUUAGGGUUUUGGUUCCUCAAAUGGGAUCAAAGAAAGUUGUUUCUCGUAGCUUUCCACCCCCUUUGACUACAAUACGUAGUUCGAGUUUGUUUCAUGUCAGUCAUCACCGGGAAGGUGGAAGGCUAAUCAUCCAAGCAGUGGAGGCACCAUACAAGAAUAGCUGUUUUCAAGCUGAAAGAAGCCAUGGACGUCUGCGGUUGAUAUGCACGAAGAGUAUGUCAAGAUGAUAGAUCUUUGCAUACAAAUCAAGAAACCAUUCAAGCGAUGUACGAUAUACUAACAGAAAUAUUGGAUACGACUAUGCCCAUCGAUGAUGAUGAUACAAUUGAUGUUGUGAUGGAACCUAAAAGCAAAGAAAAACAUAUUGUGCCAAUUAGGUGAACGGAAGAUGGCAUGGAUAGAAAGGACUUACAUGUAAUUGAGAACCUUUUUGGUUGGUUACCUUUUGAAGCUUUUUUUAAUGUCUAACCUUUUUUCUUGGGUAGUGAUUUUUUUUUAUCAAAGCAAAUGUCAUCAAAUCUGAAAGAAUAUGUAAGUUUAACUACAUGAUGAGAUUGAGUUCUAUAUAUCAUUUCUUAUGUCACUUCUAUUUCUG